ACACGUCUUUUAUUAGACCAGGCCGAAUAAACCCGAACCGAGUUAGGUUAACUAAACAAACCGUUUUGAAGGAAGGUCUUCCUGGCAGGACCUGGCUGAACUUUUUGUUGCGCUGAGAGGGAAAGAUCAGAGACGGCUGUAGCCUGUAGGAGCAGCAGAAGAAGAAAGGACCUUCCGACUCCGAUCUCAUCAAAGUGAAAGAUGGGUCGCCAAGCUAUUACCAAGCUGAUCGCCUCCGUUUCCUCGCGCAGAGCUUCUUGGGCUGCGGAUCAGACUCGGAAAUACGCUUCGGUUUCGCAUCCAGCCCCCGCAGUCUUCGUGGACAAGAACACUCGCGUCAUCUGCCAAGGCAUCACCGGAAAGAAUGGCACCUUCCACACUGAACAAGCUAUCGAAUACGGCACGAAAAUGGUGGGUGGUGUGACGCCGAAAAAGGGCGGAACAGAGCACUUGGGACUUCCUGUUUUCAACACAGUUGCGGAAGCAAAGGCUGAAACAAAGGCCAAUGCUUCAGUCAUUUAUGUUCCCCCACCAUUUGCUGCUGCAGCUAUUAUGGAGGCCUUGGAUGCUGAGUUAGAUCUUGUUGUGUGCAUCACAGAAGGAAUCCCUCAACAUGACAUGGUACGAGUGAAGGCCGCUCUUAACAGACAAUCUAAAACUCGGGUGAUUGGGCCGAACUGCCCUGGUAUUAUCAAGCCUGGAGAAUGCAAAAUUGGAAUUAUGCCAGGAUAUAUCCACAAACCUGGUCGUGUAGGAAUUGUCUCCCGAUCUGGUACAUUAACCUAUGAAGCGGUUUUCCAAACUACUGCUGUUGGCCUUGGACAAUCCACUUGCGUGGGUAUAGGAGGGGAUCCUUUUAAUGGGACGAACUUUGUCGAUUGCAUUGAGAAAUUCUUAGCGGACCCACAGACGGAAGGAAUCAUUCUUAUUGGAGAGAUAGGUGGAACUGCAGAAGAGGAUGCUGCUGCAUUGAUAAAGGAAAGUGGGACUGAAAAGCCUGUUGUUGCAUUUAUUGCUGGACUAACUGCUCCCCCUGGCCGUAGGAUGGGUCAUGCUGGAGCUAUUGUGUCUGGUGGGAAGGGGACAGCCCAAGAUAAGAUAAAGACCCUAAGAGAAGCUGGGGUUACAGUGGUAGAAUCUCCUGCAAAGAUUGGUUCUGCCAUGCUUGAUGUUUUCAAGCAGAGGGGCCUUGUGAGUUAGUUUCGACAAUUUGAACUUCCUUUGCAAUAUUAAUAGAAGCAUAAUAUAAAUACGGCAUGGAAAGUCUACCUUGAUUGAUUCUUGUUUUUGGAAGGAUGAGAGUGCUUCUGGUAUCUAGUCAAUAAACUGCAUAAAAUUUCUGGUGUUUCGAAGAUUUCAUUGGAUGUUGACUUCAAGAUAUUUUUGUCCAUUGUUGCCUUAAAUCAAUGUUUUAUCACUUCUGAAACAGAAGUUAAUUUUUAAAUAGAACGCCAACUUUGAAAUUUUGCGCA